AUUGAACGGGUCUUCUCGUCUUGCAUCGUCUUGUCAACAGUAACGUACUUUCACAUCAAUUUGCGAAUCAAUAGCUUGCAAAUGCAAAUAAUAAUAUUAUAUAUACAUAUAAAGUAAUUAUAAGAAGAUAAUUUUGAAAGAUUAAAUCAUAUUAAAAAUAAAAAGUUGCAGAAAAUGUGGAAGUAAGACGGUUAAUUCGAUUUUUGUAGAAGUACCUUUUAGCUUGGAAGGAAGUUCCGGAAGUGAAGUAAAGGGAGAGGAAAGCCGCCAUUUUGUGCUCGUUGAAAAGGAUAAAGACUCCGUAAAUGACGGGUUGAUUUGGUCUGAAUAAUCUUCGUAUAAUUAUUGUUCUUUUGUUUCUUUCUUCGUCAUUCGUUCGGCUUUGCCGUGUUAAACAGCGUUGAUGAUUGGGAUUCCGCGUGACGAUCGACAUAAGAUCACGGUUAAAAUCCGCAACAAUAUGAAAAGAAGCUCCAGCCGAGACACUCCACCUCCUCGCGUCAAACGGAGCAGGUCAUCUAUGGGACGAUACGAUGAUUCUAGUGAUGAACGAAUAACUCCUGAAAGAAUUCGUCGUCGUAGUAGUAGAGGUGCCAGAAGUCCCAGUCCCCCGACACGUGCCUCUUCUCAUGCUCGAUACGUAGAAUCAAGUUCUCAUAGGGAUGAUUACUUAAGAGCACCUAGAGAAUUGCCUCCAGAACGUCCGUAUAGUUACAAAGUUCUUUGUAUCAGUUCAAUUCAUCCGAAAGCAAGCGACGAAGUGAUUAAAGAUACUCUGUAUAGAGAGUACAAAAAGUUUGGAGAUUUUUCUAUUAGAAUUUCUCACGAAUUAGACGAACGUGUUGCAUACGUUUGCUUUAGAAGUUCAGAGGAUGCCAGAGAUGCGAAACAUGCAAAACCAAGAAUCAUUAUGUACGACAAGGUGGCACUCGUUGAACCUGUCUACGAGAGACCCGAUACUUAUCGUCGUCCAAGAUCGAUUACACCGCCUGAUUACGAAAGAUAUUAUGCCAGAAGUCCUGGUCCGACGGAUAGACACAGGCCCUUAGAGAGAUACGAAAGAGUUUACGGACCUCCAGUUGGUUUACCUCCACCGCACAGAGAGAUGAGACGCGAAGCAAUUCCUCCACCUCAUCACGAGUUUGUUAGACCUCCGAUUCAUCAUGGACCCCCUCAUGUUCACCCUGGACCACCUCAUCAUUACGGUCCUCCAAGACACAUGAUGAUUCGACAUCCGGUCCACGGAUUCGAGCGUGUGGAAAAUAAAAAAGAUAAAUUUCCCAAUUAUUUACAUCACGUGUCCCCGGAAGAUGAUCCACUCGCGACUCGAACUCUGUUUGCAGGAAAUUUGGAAAUUAAUAUUACGGAAGAAGAAUUAAGGAGAAUUUUUAGUAAAUACGGAAUCGUCGACGAUAUCGACAUUAAGAGACCUCCGCCGGGAACGGGCAAUGCUUACGCUUUUGUCAGAUUUCAGACUUUAGAUAUGGCGCACAGAUGUAAAGUUGAACUCUCCGGGCAAUACAUAGGAAAAUUCCAAUGUAAAAUCGGUUACGGAAAAGCUACGCCUACUACGAGAAUUUGGGUCGGUGGUUUAGGACCGUGGACCUCUGUACCGCAAUUAGAAAGAGAAUUCGACCGAUUUGGAGCAAUAAAGAAGAUCGAUUAUAUAAAAGGUGAUAGCAACGCUUACAUCUUGUACGAUUCAAUCGAUGCUGCUCAAGCGGCUGUUAAAGAAAUGAGAGGAUUUCCUCUCGGCGGUCCAGACAGAAGACUAAGAGUAGAUUUUGCCGAUGUUACUCCUGGAUUUGGAUUUAAGCCAAGACCGUAUCCAGAAGAAGGUGGAGAGUUUAGACCGAGGCCGGUAGAUUACGAACCUUCUUACGAUCCUUACGGACCGGACAGUGACUUCGGUUACGGGCCAAGAGGAUUUAGAGGUAGAGGAUCUGCUCCGUGGCACGAGAGGAGGGGUGGAGGAAGAGGAGGUUAUCGUGGAAGUUAUCCCGAAAGUUAUAUCAAAGAUGAAACUGAUUGGUCUAGUCGUAGACCACCUCCGGAAUUAGAAUACGAGACGCCAAGAGGUUUACGUCGUUCCUUGUCAAGAGAACCUGGUGUCGAUAGAUCAAGAUCGAGGUCUCCCCGGAGAAGACAAAUUGAUUCGGAUUCAGAUUCCGAGAAUACUCGUAGCGGAAUGCUAUCUACUUCCAGAACACUGCCCGAAGUUGCAAGAAAAUCUAUAGCCGUUUGGCAGGGAGCAUUAAUCUUAAAGAAUUCUCUAUUUCCAGCUAAAUUUCAUUUAACCGACGGCGAUACAGAGAUAAUCGAAGCAUUGAUGAAAGACGAAGACGGCAAACACAUGCUAAGAAUUACACAAAGAUUACGUUUAGAUCAACCAAAAUUAGAUGACGUUUCGAAAAGAAUUCAAACUUCUAGUUCGCAUGCUAUUUUCUUAGGAUUGGCCGGUUCAAGUACCGUUAUUUCCACGGAUGAUGCAAACGUACAGACUAGACCACUGCGAAACUUGGUAUCGUAUUUGAAACAAAAAGAAGCAGCUGGAGUUAUUUCGCUUCUUAAUAAAGAUACAGAGGGAACUGGAGUUCUAUACGCGUUUCCACCUUGUACAUUUUCUACAGAAUUAUUAAAACGAACCUGCCCAAGCCUCAGUGAAGAAGGACUCAAAGAGGAUCACCUGGUAAUCGUCGUUGUUAAGGGGGGUAGCGCCUAAGUUUUCAUUAUAAUCAACAGUUUAAACAUAUACAUGCAUAUACUGACUAGAGUGUUUAGUAUCAUCACAUUAAAAACAUUAUUUACAGCUUCCAGAGGAACGCUUCAUACGUAGCAUUUUAAUAAGCUUACGAUACGAAUCAUAUUUUAUAUAUUACUUCGUUUCCAUAUAUAAACAUUUCAUUUUAAUAUAAUUUUAAGAUUUCUACAAGUAAAACGGUCCUUUAAAGUAACGCGAUGCAUAAUAUGUACUAUAAUUUUUUUGUUUCAGAAGUAAAGACUAAACAUAGUAAACUUAUCAGUAUCAAAUAACGAAUAUGAAAGGAAAAAAGAAAAUAAUAAUAAUUCAAUCUAAUAAGUUUAGAAUUCUAAAAUAAAAUAUCAAGAAAACUUAAAUGCAAGUAAACGAUACUAUACAUUUUUUUUUAAAUAGGUAAUAAAGUAUAAAAGUAAAGUAAAAACUAGAACUAAAAAAAGGAAUGCUGUGAAAAUUCACAACACAAUUUGAAUACAAAUUAUAGGCUAUGUUAACUAAAAAUUUUUAUUAUAUUACUAUAAAAAAUCUUAAUAGUACUACUUUCUAAAAUUACAAUAAUCUUGUGUAAAUAACUUUUUUUGAGUUAUAAGUAUUGCAAAUAGUAGAAAGAGAAGAUAUUAAACACACAAGCUUGUAUAUGCAUCAGAGACAUUAAAUUUCUAUGAGCCUGAAUUGCUUGAAGAAAAAUUAAGUUGAAACAAUAAUGGUGAUAGUAGAAAAAGUUAAACAUCAAAGUACUCCUAUUAUACCUUUUUCCAAUAAUUAUUUUUAAUUUUUUUCUUUAUUUAAACAACCAUUAAAAAUUUAGGAUCCAAGCAAUUCAGAAUUCAUUAAGUUUUGAUGGAAACAGUUAAUCAGGUUUCCCUAAUUAUCACAGGUAAUUUGUAAGGAUUUUAGACUUAGUUUAUACUAGAAUUACAUAUUCUUAUGCGUAUAUAUGCAGUUCUUUCAUAUUCAGAAGAAAAUCUUUCAAAAAAAAAAUAUAUACAUAUAUAUAUUUUACUUUUAAAUUUGAUUAAUCUUUAUGAUAACAUUUUAUAUUGAAAUAUAAUCACUAAUCAGUAUGAAGGUGGAAUAUGAAAGAUCUGGUUGAACUAUAUUUGAUACAAUAAUUAAGUCUAGAUAAUUGUAAAGUUGCAUUUUAUGAAUCUAUAGAAUUAUCUGUGUGAUAUAUAUAUAUGUAUAAUAAUUACUUACAUAAGUGAAUUGUGCGGACGUGUUCUGAAAAGUGAACUAAAGAAAGUGAAUGGACAACAUCCUAAAAUGGCCCUCUGUGCUUUUUUUCCCCAGUGAAAAGGGACAGAAUUGUUUUCUCUGAAGGGACAGUGUUUGGUGAUGAAUAUCUGAAAAGCAUAGAAGAAAAGAAAAAAAAAAAAAACAGAACGUGUA